GGCUUUAAUUCAGGAGGAAUCGAACCUGUGGAGGAAAAUCAGUCAAAAGAAAAACACUCCCGCAGCCGCAGCGGAGACCCCGUCACCAGUGAGGCCGAGUGAGGAACCCGACAGCCGGGGAGAGGAGCGGACACAGGCCGGAAGCUGUGGCUGAGGUGAGAGAAGAAGAGUGAGGCAGAAACGAUGGAGACCACAGUGUGAACCUCGACCUCAGUGAAGUCAAAUCACAGCUCAGCUCAGGAGCAUCUGGAACCUUCGCAGAGAUGCUGUUCGGUUUAUCCGCCAACAGGCGCCUCAUCGCCGGGCUGCUGGUCAACCUGCUGUCCUCCAUCUGCAUCGUCUUUAUCAACAAGUGGAUCUACGUGACCUACGGCUUCCCCAACAUGACCUUGACCCUGGUCCACUUCGUGGUCACGUGGCUCGGACUCUUCAUCUGCCAGCAAAUGGACAUGUUCUCUCCAAAGAGCCUCCCGAUUCGCCGGAUUGUGUGGCUGGCUCUGAGCUUCUGUGGGUUCGUGGCCUUCACCAACCUCUCCCUGCAGAACAACUCCAUAGGAACGUACCAGCUGGCUAAAACAAUGACCACGCCCGUCAUCAUCCUCAUCCAGACCACCUACUACAAGAAGACCUUCUCCACCAAGAUCAAACUGACUCUGGUGCCCAUCACGUUGGGGGUGAUACUGAACUCUUACUACGAUGUGCGGUUCAACCUACUGGGGACAGUGUUUGCAUCGCUGGGAGUUCUGGUGACAUCUCUCUACCAAGUUUGGGUUGGAGCUAAACAACAUGAGCUCCAGGUGAACUCCAUGCAGCUUCUGUACCAUCAGGCUCCUCUGUCGUCAGGCUUCCUGCUCUGUGUCGUUCCUUUUUUUGAGCCGGUGGUUGGAGACGGAGGAAUUUUUGGACCCUGGUCUCUGCCUGCUCUGAUGACCGUGCUGUUCUCAGGUGUGGUGGCGUUCCUGGUCAACCUGUCCAUCUACUGGAUCAUUGGAAAUACCUCACCGGUCACCUACAACAUGUUUGGUCAUUUUAAAUUCUGCAUCACUCUGAUUGGAGGAUACCUGCUCUUCAACGACCCGCUGUCACUCAACCAGGCUUUAGGGAUCCUCUGCACGCUGGCAGGAAUCCUGUCUUACACUCACUUCAAGCUGGCCGAACAGGAGGAGGGGAAAAGCCGCCUGGCUCAAAGACCAUAGGGGGAUUUACCUGUCAAUCAAGUGCACAGCCUCCUGCCAUUGGCUGGGGGCAGAGGCUCCUUUUUUAUAUACAAAUAUUUUAUAAUGAGUAUUUUUUCAAGAGAGUAAAGAACUUCAUGGUGGUUCCCAGACGGAGUAAAUGUGUACGACGCCAGUUUAAGUGGGCCGAGUGAAAGAAUUGUGAAAGACCCGUCGAGCAAGGCAUCAAACCUUCAUCUGCUUCUGGAGACAGGCACCGCCAUGAAAACAAUAUUAUAAUCAUGUUAAUGAUAUGAGUCAAAUAACUAUUGUCGUUUCUCCUGCUUUUGUUAAAUUUGUCCAGAAGACAUUUUCUUGUAUUUGUCCCUAAAGGUUGAACUCACAUGAAUCAUCUUCUCACUUCUUCACUCUCAUGAGUCGACUGAUUUUACCGCAACGUUUCACAGUUGAGAAAAUGAACCUUUUUGAACCGAGCCUUUAUGAAGCAGCAGGAGCAGAAACCACAUCCGGUCGCAUUCAAUAGUCUUAUUUUAAACUAAGUGUUAAUUCUAAUCUGCAUUUCAGUUCCUACUUUUGUUUUCUGCUGUUAGUCUCAUUCAGUGUUAGUUAAUUUAUUUUAUCAGUAUUUUGUAUAAUUUUUUUUAUAGAAUCUAUGGUAUUAAAUUGUAUUGUGAUUAGCUUCAGAUUUCUUUUUUCCUCUGGUGAAAACAUUUCAGAUGCAAACGUCGAUCACUGAUAGAAAGUUUGACGUCUGUUGUGUAUUUAAUAUUUAAAAAGGGUUGACUCCAGUCAGUGAUUUUACUUCUGAAUUAAAACUCAUCUAUUCUGCUUCAACAGUGAUUAUCAUAACAUGAAGUGUCUUUAUAUUGACUGGACAAUGUCUCUGUGAUGUAACGCUGCCUUGUCAUGAAACGUCUGAUUGAAUCAUGACAGAUUCACUGAUUUUUAUUUCUCUUCCAUGUGUUGAAAUUGUUCUUUCUGCUGAAUAAAACUGAUUUAGUGACUUUA